AUGUCGGGUUCGGAAGGCAUAAGACGGGCCACCGAACAAGAGGUUCCUGAGGGAAUCGGUAGUGGGAGUAGUAACGAGGUAGAGCACGUACCCCAACGUCAGGGAGAACAUGUACCUCAGGAAGUACCCGCUCCAGAUCAAAGAACGUCCUUACAAGCUCUAGAGGAUAUCUUAGCUCGAUAUCAGCCGGCAACAGCCCCUUCCCUUCCUCCGCCUCCACCUCCUCCUCCACCUCCUCCUCCAGUUCCAAGAAUAUCGGUUCCGAAAGAAUUAAAAAGUUUAGGAGCUGCAGAAUUUAAAGGUGAAGCAAAUGAAGGCCCAGUAGUGGCAGACAUGUGGCUGAAUAAUGGUGGUAAAUCUGUUUACGAAUAUGAAUGUGAGUUUAAUAAACUUGCUCGAAUUGCCUCAGAGAUGGAAGUGGUAAACAAAGCAAAAGAUUUGGAAAUGGCGCAAAAUGAGAAUUUUAUGAUAGAGCGGAGACAACAAUCUAAAAGAUCAGGAGCAUCAUUCUCAUCUCAAUCUAAAAGAGGUCGAGGUUCAUGUUAUCAACACCAGAGUAAAUCCGAAGUUGGUGCACCUAGUCGCAGAGGAUCCGAGGCUAAGGAAAAAGGGCGUCAGGUACAGACAAUGACUACAAGAGCUGGCAGAUCAGCUCAGUCUCAGGGAAAACACCCAUUAUGUCCACGGUGUGGAAAGAAUCAUUCUGAUGAAUUUAGAGCGGGAUCAGGAGUUUGUUUUCGUUGUGGAGACGCAGGUCAUUAUAUCAUAGAUUGUCCAAUGGCAGAAGAGAGAUCUGUUCAAAUAGAGAGAUCAGUGGCAAUGCCUUAG